UUUCGAUUCCCUGUAUGAGAUACAGGUGUAGGUAGGCGGGUUUAUAGUUCAGUUUGUUAAUAUGCAAGUACGGAAGCUUCAGUUUCCUCUUCUCCCCUGACUCUCCCCAGAAUGAGUCAUAGCGCUUGAAGUGAGAGCAUAAUUGAAGUUUUUUUGAAGAUACAUAAGCACAGUUUUUUUUUUUUUCAGUCUGCACCACAUGCUAUAAAGUCUUAUUCUCCAUUAUCUUACAGAAGAUUAGGCACAUCUCAGCUAGCAUCUCUGUGUGACGGACUGCUAAUGUCACACCACGAUUUAAUGGCGGCUCUUAAUCGGCUAAUCUGUAUUUUCACCCCCCCCCCUUUGCAACCCUCUCGAUGAGUCAGCGUGUACCAGGGAACAUGGCCGCCGCCGCCCCCGUUAAACCCUUCAGCCCGGAGGAGGCUCGGAGGAUUGUGCAUCAUUUGCAGCAGCCCGCGGUCUUCCCGAGCAUGACCUGUGGCUGGCCUGCUCUCCGCUGGACAGCGGAGCAUCUGUCUGGCUGCCUCGGCGACAGGCUCGUCCGGUUCCGACUCGGGAGAAAGGAGGAGAAAAACACUCCUCUGUUUGAGACUCAGUGUUCAUACGUGGAGGCCACGGUGGCUCAGUUUCUCAGCUGGACCCGGGGUCAGUCUGGGACGGAUAUAGGCCCCUUUUCCAAAUACCCCUGCUCAGAUCAUUGGGCCUACGCUGACUACAAGUACAUCGCCAUGCUGUUCCAAGACCAGCCGUUCAUGUUUGAGGACGUGAAGUGGUCCGAGUUUGGUUUUGAGGGACGUGACGGGAAGGAGAGCACCUUAUGGAUCGGCACGGAGGGGGCCAACACGCCGUGCCACCAGGACACGUACGGCUGUAACCUGGUCCUGCAGAUUCAAGGGCGGAAGCGCUGGCACCUCUUUCCUCCAGAGGACACGGCUCAUCUUUACCCAACUAGGAUCCCCUAUGAGGAGUCCAGCGUCUUCAGCCAGGUGGAUGUUCUGCAUCCAGACCUGAGGAGGUUUCCUUCCUUCCACGGCGCCAGGGCCCACGUCGUCAUUCUGCAGCCCGGGCAGGUGCUUUAUGUUCCCAGACACUGGUGGCACUACGUGGAGUCAGUGGAUCCCAUUACUGUCAGCGUAAACUCCUGGAUUGAGCUGGAAGCGGACGAUGUGUCGAGAGUCAGCGAAGCUGUGACCAGGGCGGUCGUGUGCGCGGUUAAAAGCUCUCGGAGUGAUGACAACACCGGCGACUGGCUCAACCCCACCGAGGAAGGAGUUGCAUCCCACGGUGAGAACAUGCAGUACCUGAACCUGGCUGUGAGGGCUUGCGCUCAAAGACGUAAGAACGAACUACCGGCCCGGGACCCGAGGGACGCAUGUCCAGCGAAGCGGGACUCAAGUGGACAAAUCAGGAAAAACAGAGAGCGGAUUAGAAACUCUGCACCCUUCAGCGCUCCCUACGGACCAGACCUGAUCCCUGUGGGCUGUCAGGAAGAAGAACCGGGGAGGGUGACCCUCACGUCUUCUGAAGACAACGCUGUCACGUCUCAGCAGGACUCCACUGUCAGCUCAGACACAGUCACACUCAUGGAGGAAACUGACUUAACUCUGCACAAAGCACGUGACUGUGCAGAUGGGCCAUCAGAGCGCCGCUCGGAGGACUGCAAGGAGCUGAGACCGACAACAAUAACCACUAAUGACCUUUUAGACUGCCUGCUGCAUCCUGAUAUCAUCAGCCGUGUCACUGAGCUUCUGCUGGAAAGACACACAGGAAGUCAUGGGACCAACGCACCAUUAUAGCUUUAAUAUCCACCUGUCACUGUUUUUUUUUUUUGUACUUAAAAGUAUAAAAAGUGAACUAUAAAAAAAACAUUUCUGGCUGCAGAAAUCUGUCCUCCCAUCCAGUAACAUUCUGCUGUAAGGAGACACCCUCACUUUUCCGUCUCCCAUGCAUCUGUGUCCUCGUAAUGUGAUGAGUGACAUCGUUGAGCGGCCCUAACAUUUCCUUGUUGUGUUGUCCUGCACAUGCUAAUCAUGUUUGGAUCUCCCAGAGGAUGAGAAAUGACCACUUAAAUCAGUUAGCAUGCUAAUAAGCCCAAUAAUUCAAGAUAAUAUCCCGGGGAUGCGGACAUUUGUUUUCUGCGUAAUGCUUCCCCCUCAGCUUGUAACGAGCGUUGUCACUGAGCCUCCUCAGAGGGACGAGCGUAAUGUGAUGGAUGAGAGCUGAGUGAGGAGCGAUGAAUGGAAGCAAAGGUUCUGUUUGGUUAAGUGAACGAGUCGAGCUUCUCCGAGGGGACGAGGGACGGGUGGACAUCGACGUGAUGGGGCGUAACUAAUGUCACCUUUUUUUUUGUUGUUGUUGCAAAUUCUAAUUUGCUCUCUAAUUCUAAUAAUGCUCUCUAUUAGAUGAAAGAUAUUUUCACACAUCUGAAUGUAGACAGAUUUUUGAAAUUGCUCACACACACACACCAAUCAGCCACAACAUUAAAACCGCCACUGACAGUUAAAGUAAAUAACAUUUA